AUGGAAAUUGGUACAAGUUCAACAACUAAUAAUAUUGGUGUGGCACCAACAAUACCACAAGAUAUUGUAAAUAAUAAUAAUCAUAAUAAUAAUAGUAGUAAUAAUAGUAGUAAUAAUAAUAGUAUAUCAUCAUCACCAACUGAUUCAUCACAAUUAAUGAAUGGGGAACAAUCAACAUCACCACCAUCACCACCUAUUGAAGAAGUUUUAGAGGAAGAACCAAGAAAUUUAUUGAUUUCAUUAUUAUCAGAAUUAAAGAUUGGUGUUGAUUUAUCAAGAGUACCAUUACCAACCUUUAUAUUAGAACCAAGAUCAUUAUUGGAGAAAUUUACAGAUAAUAUGAUUCAUGGUGAAAUUUUAUGUAAUUUAUCAAAAUUAGAGUCACCAAUGGAUAGAAUGCAUUUAAUUACAAAAUGGUAUUUAUCUGCUUUUCAUUAUAGAAAGAAAGGUUUACAAAAACCUUAUAAUCCAAUUUUAGGUGAAAUUUUUAGAACUAGAUGGGAAUUUAAAGAAACAAAUAGUAAUUGUAUAAUGGUUGCAGAACAAAUUUCACAUCAUCCACCAGUUUCAUGUAUUUAUUUAUCAAAUAGAAAGGAUGGAUAUACAAUGACUGGUACAAUUAAUCCACGUUCGAAAUUUUUAGGUAAUUCAAUGGCAGUGAUAGUGGAUGGUAGUAGUACAUUAACAUUAUUAGGACUUCAAGAGGAAUAUGUUAUUACCUUUCCUACAGCGGUGGCAAGAGGUAUUAUAUUUGGUACAUUGUUAACAGAGAUUGUGGGCAAUUCAACGAUAUCAUGUAAACAAACCAAUAUAAAAGUUGAAAUGGAUUUUAAAGCAAAACCAAUGUUUGGUGGUGAAUAUAAUGUAGUUUGUGGUAAAAUUAAAAAAGGUAAUGAAACAACUCAUACAUUUAAUGGAAAAUGGGAUAAAAAAGUUGAAAUCACUUUAUCAUCGUCGUCAUCAUCAUCAAAGAAAAAGAAUGGAUCUACAAAUGAUAUUUUAUGGGAUUGUAAUGAUGCAGUUAAAACUCAAAUGAUAACGAGACAAAUCUCUGAACAAGAAGAAUUUGAAUCUCAAAGAUUAUGGCAAAAAGUUUCACAUGCAAUCAUAAAGAAAAAUCAAAAAGAUGCAACAUUUGAAAAGAAUAAAUUAGAAGAUGAACAAAGAAAAAGAGUAAAAGAUAGAAAAGAAAAUAAUAUAGAAUGGGAACCAAGAUUAUUUAAAAAAGUUAAUGAUCAAUGGAUUUAUAAAUAUCAAAAUCAUACACUUUAUGAUCAAAAUGAACCAAAAGAAAUUGAAACUGAUGGUAUAAUUCAUUUUGAAGGUACAUUAAUUAAAAAAGAAUCAAAACAAAAUUUAGUUGAAAAAUGUGGUGCAAGUGAAAAUGAAAUAAUUGUUUAG